AUGAAAUUGGCUGAAACGGAUGAGCGAAAGAAAUUGUCAAAAAAGGAAUUAAACAAAUUAGCAAAGCAACAGAAAAAGGCCGAAAAAAAACUCGAAAAUGCUCUUGUCACAAACAAUUUACUUGGCGAACAAGAAAAUGAAGAUAUCUCUGCUGGUUUGUACGGUUCCUACGGUUUGGUUCAGUCAAAAGAAAAAAAAAUGAUCAAUUUUAUUGAUGUCGACCAACUCACUCCUAGCUUAGCAGAAAAUGAGGUUUGGAUUCGUGGACGUCUUCAUACGUCACGUAUCACGUCAAAAGCUUGCUUUUUAAUAAUACGUCAACGUGUGCAUAGCAUACAAGGUGUUGUAUACCUAUCGGAGAAAAUUAGCAAACAAAUGGUCAAAUUUGCAUCGAACAUCACAAAGGAAUCUAUCAUUGAUGUUUGCGGUAUAUUAAAAGUUAGCGAUCAAGAUAUUGAAAGAUGUAAAUGCACGCAAAAAGACGUGGAAUUGCAAGUAACGCAAAUAUUUGUGGUGAGUGCGGCUGAGCCACGAUUACCCUUACAAAUUGAGGACGCCGCUCGUUCACGUGCUGAUGAAACUGAUUUGUCAGUUGUAAAUUUGGACACAAGAUUGGAUAAUAGAGUGCUCGACCUUCGUACGCAGACGAAUCAUGCAAUUUUCCGAAUUCAGGAUGGUAUUUGUGACCUUUUUCGAUCUACAUUACAUCAGCGUGGUUUCACUGAGAUUCAUACUCCUAAGAUUAUAUCAGCUGCCAGUGAAGGUGGAGCAAAUGUUUUCGAAGUAACAUACUUCAAAGGCUCUGCUUAUCUGGCCCAGUCGCCUCAGCUUUACAAGCAAAUGGCUAUUGCAGCAGAUUUUAAUAAGGUAUUCACGAUAGGUGCUGUUUUUCGUGCGGAAGAUAGUAAUACUCAUAGGCAUUUAACUGAAUUUGUUGGUCUUGACGUAGAAAUGGCAUUUAAAUUUCAUUACCAUGAGGUUGUCGAAACGAUUGGAGCAAUGUUAAUUGAUAUUUUCAAAGGAUUACAAGCAAAAUUCCAACAUGAGAUUGAAACGGUCGCGAAACAAUAUCCUUGUGAACCUUUUCAGUUUGUUCAGCCAGCUUUAAUUUUGAAAUAUCCUGAUGCUAUUAGACUGUUACGAGAACACAAUGUCGAGAUUGGAGAUGAAGAAGAUUUGAGUACACCAGUCGAGAAAUUUUUAGGAAAAUUGGUUAAGGAAAAAUAUAAGACUGAUUUCUACAUUCUUGAUAAAUAUCCGCUUGCAGUUCGUCCUUUCUAUACUAUGCCGGAUCCCGAUAAUCCACGUUAUUCGAACAGCUAUGAUAUGUUCAUGAGAGGUGAAGAAAUAUUAUCUGGUGCUCAACGAAUUCAUGAUCCUGUUUUGUUGACUGAAAGAGCAGUGCUUCAUAAGAUCGAUUUAGAAAAAAUAAAAGCUUAUGUUGAUUCUUUCAAAUACGGUUGUCCACCUCAUGCAGGAGGUGGUAUCGGCCUGGAGCGUGUAACGAUGUUGUUUCUUGGUCUUGGAAACGUCCGUCUUGCAUCUUUAUUCCCUCGUGAUCCGAAACGUAUUACUCCUUAA